GAAUAUUUAGAGAAAUUAGGAAGAAUUGGAAGAAUUGUAAGAUAUAAUCCUGAAAGACCUAAUAAUUAAAAGAUAUAUGAUACAUCUUGCAAAUAAUAAAAGUAAACGGAAAAGAGUAUUUCCUAUUAUAAAGGUAGAUCUAAUUUUUUAGCCAUUCUGAAGACUACCCAAUUUUUUUUGUUGCUCUGUUUUAUAGGUAAGAAACGUUUCUUCUGAAUAUGAUAUACUAAGCUGGUUUUUGGAGUUUGUAUGGAGAGUAUACCUUUUGGCCCGUUCUAAAAGGUUCUUCUAGGUCUGCCCUUGAAGCACAAAAAUGAAAAAUGUAAGCUUUUUCUCCAUUUUGUGUCGAAGAUACUACAUGAGCGCUGCAUUCCCAGUCACUUCACAGAUUUCCCAUUAUGCCCGUUUGGGCCAAAUUGAUGGUGCUCGGAAAUUAUUCGAUCAACUUCCCCACAAAAAUGUCUCUUCCUGGAACUCCAUGAUUUCAUGCUACUUUCAAAACCACCAACCGAACGAAGCCCAACUCUUGUUUGAUCAAAUGCCAGAGAGAAACACUAUUUCUUGGAAUGGAUUAAUUUCUGGUUACAUAAAAAAUGGGAUGGUAAAGGAAGCUAGAAAGAUAUUUGAUGUAAUGCCCGAAAGAAAUGUAGUGUCAUGGACAGCCAUGGUUAGAGGUUAUGUCCAGGAGGGGAUGGUUUCUGAGGCAGAAGCUUUGUUUUGGCGAAUGCCGGAAAAGAAUGUGGUCUUGUGGACGGUGAUGUUAGAUGGAUUGAUCCGCGACUGUAGAAUUGAUGAAGCUAGGAGGCUUUACGAUUUGAUGACCGUGAAGGAUGUUGUGACUAGGACUAGUAUGAUAGGUGGGCUAUGUUUGGAGGGUCGUUUGGAUGAGGCGCGGGAGAUUUUUGACAUUAUUGUGCAGAAAAAUGUGGUUUGUUGGACCACGAUGAUCUCAGGUUAUGCCAAGAAUGGCAAGGUGGAUGUUGCAAGGAAACUUUUUGAAGUGAUGCCUGAAAAGAAUGAAGUCACUUGGACGGCAAUGAUUAUGGGGUACACUCAAUGUAGGAGGAUUCAAGAGGCAUGGGAGCUUUUUGAUGCUAUGCCUGUUAAAUCAGUCAUUGCUUGCAAUGCGAUGAUACUUGGGUUGGGCGAGAAUGGGGAGGUUUCCAAAGCAAGGAGUAUUUUUUAUUCUAUGAACGAUAAGGAUGAUGGAACGUGGAGUGCAAUGAUUAAGAUAUAUGAACGGAAAGGUUUUGAGUUGGAAGCUCUUACUUUGUUUCGUUCAAUGCAGACUCAAGGAAUUAGGCCACAUUUCCCUUCGUUAAUCAGCAUUAUUUCAGUUUCUGCUAGUCUUGCGUGUCUUGCUCAUGGUAGACAGAUUCAUGCGCAGACAUUAAGGUCCAAAUUUGACGAUGAUGUAUAUGUUUUGUCAGUUUUGAUCACAAUGUACAUGAAAUGUGGUGAUCUUGUUGCUGCCAAGAGAGUGUUUGAUAGGUUUCUGCAUAAAGACAUAGUGAUGUGGAAUUCUAUGAUAACAGGUUAUGCACAACACGGUUUGGGAAGAGAAGCUCUACAAGUGUUUCAAGAGAUGUAUUCUUCAGGCAUUGCUGUAGAUGAUGUUACAUUUGUUGGAGUUCUAUCGGCCUGUAGUUAUUCUGGACUGGUCAAAGAAGGCAAGGAAAUCUUUGAGUCCAUGAAAUCAAAACAUUUGACAGAGCCCACCACAGAACAUUAUGCUUGCAUGGUUGAUUUAUUGGGGCGAGCUGGUCGCCUUAGCGAGGCUAUCGAUCUAAUUAACGUUAUGCCAAUUGAAGCAGAUGCAAUUGUUUGGGGUUCUCUAAUGGGUGCAUGUAGGACACACGGGAACUUGGAUUUAGCUGAAGUAGCGGCUAAAAAACUUCUACAACUCGAGCCUGGAAAUGCUGGACCUUGUAUCCUUCUAUCAAAUAUUUAUGCAUCAAAGGGCAAAUGGUCAAAUGUUGCCCAGCUGAGGAAAAACAUGCGAAGUAGGAAGGUGAGCAAGUCACCAGGCUGUAGCUGGAUUCAGGUGGAGAAGGUGGUGCAUAUGUUCACUGGUGGUUCGAGCGCACCUCAUCCUGAGCAUUUUAUGAUUGUUAAAAUGCUGGAGAAAUUAAGUGGACCAUUAAGAGAAGUUGGAUAUAAUCCUGAUGGUGCCUUUACUUUGCAUGAUGUGGAGGAAGAAGAGAAGGCACAUAGUUUGGGAUAUCAUAGCGAGAAGCUAGCAGUGGCCUAUGGACUUCUCAAGUUGCCUCAAGGGGUGCCCAUUCGGGUGAUGAAAAACCUGAGGGUUUGUGGUGAUUGCCACACUGCUAUCAAACUAAUUGCAAAAGUCACAGGCCGAGAGAUCAUCUUGAGGGAUGCAAAUAGAUUUCACCAUUUUAAGGAUGGUUUAUGUUCUUGCAUGGAUUAUUGGUGAUCAAGAAUUCCAAUACCUAUACUGACCCAAAAAACAAUUGUAUAUUAUAUUGAACUCAUUGAUUGUUGUGAAAUUGUUCGAUACUGGUAUAUUGAAUGAGAUUUUAACUUCUGUUU